AUGACUGAGCCUCCUGCGAAGAAGAAGUGCCUGGGGGUGGACUGCGAGAAUGAUGCCGGGUCCCUCCAGUGCCCAACAUGCCUCAAAACUGGAAUCAAGGACAGCUUCUUCUGCACGCAGGACUGCUUCAAAAAAAAUUGGGCCAACCACAAGUCCAUGCACAAGUCGCAAAACCGCGGCUACUAUAACCCAUUCCCCAACUUUCCCUUCUCGGGACCUCUACGACCCGUCUACCCCCUCUCCGAGCAUCGAACGUUGCCCAAGUCCAUUCCUCACCCUGUUUGGUGGCAGGAUGGCAACCCCAGAUACUCCCGCUCGAUCGUGAGCCGGAACAAGGUCGACUUGCUUGACCAGAAGGGUCAGGAUGCCAUGCGCAAAAGCUGCAGACUUGCCCGCGAGGUUCUCGACAUUGCCGCUGCCGCCGCCAAACCCGGAGUGACAACUGACUACAUUGACAAACUUGUCCACGAGGCAUGCAUCGAGAGAAAUGCCUACCCUUCUCCUCUCAACUACAACAAUUUCCCCAAGUCUUGUUGUACAUCGAUAAACGAAGUCAUUUGCCACGGCAUUCCCGACCAGCGAGUCCUCCUCGACGGAGACAUCCUCAAUAUCGACGUUUCCCUCUACCACGAAGGCUACCAUGCCGAUUUGAAUGAGACAUACUACAUUGGCGACAAGGCCAAAGCAGAUCCCGAUAGUGUGCGCGUCGUCGAGGCGGCCCGUGAGUGCCUGGAAGAAUCCAUCAAGGCCGUCAAGCCGGGCACCUUGAUCCGUGAAUUCGGAAACAUCAUUGAGAAGCAUGCCAAGGCAAAGAAUUGCAGCGUUAUUCGCUCGUACUGCGGCCAUGGCGUUAACAAGGACUUCCACUGCGCUCCAAACGUUCCCCACUACGCCAAGAACAAGGCGGUUGGCGAGUGCAAGCCGGGUAUGACAUUUACUAUUGAGCCCAUGAUUGCUCUGGGCAAGUACAGGGACAUCACCUGGCCCGACAAUUGGACAAGCACUACCAUCGACGGCAAGCGGACCGCGCAGUUUGAACACACGCUGCUGGUCACCGAAGAUGGUGUGGAGGUUUUGACGGCUAGGAAAGAGGAUUCACCGGGCGGCCCCAUUCCGAUGCCUGCAGUUGAGGCUGAU